AAUGUUCUCUUGCACGAACUACUUCCAGCACUUCUGCAGCAAUGGCUUCCAAUUGGAAAGCAAAGGAUACAGUUUACAUGAUGACCUUUUGCCAUCACUUGGAGCAACCAUAAACCAUAGAAUCAAGCUCAGGAAGCACAUUGUUUCGCCAUAUGAUCCUCAUUACAGGCUAUGGGAGAUGUUUCUGAUGGUUCUGGUUCUCUACUCAGCUUGGAUCUGCCCAUUUGAGUUUGCAUUCCUACAUUACUUGCCAAGCACAAUGUUUCUUGUGGAUAACAUAGUCAAUAGCUUCUUUGCAAUUGACAUUGCACUCACCUUCUUUGUUGCUUUCGUCGACCCUAAAUCCUAUCUCCUUGUUGACGAACCAAAGAGAAUAGCAGUCAGGUACCUAUCCACAUGGUUCAUUUUUGAUGCAUGUUCAACAUUUCCGUUCCAAACAAUCAGCUUCUUCUUCAACAGACAUGGUAAUAGCCUUGGCUUCAAACUUCUAAGUAUGCUCAGACUAUGGCGUUUGCAUCGUGUCGGUUCCUUGUUUGCUAGACUUGAGAAGGAUAUUCGGUUCAAUUAUUUCUGGACACGGUGUGCAAAGCUUUUCUCUGUAACUCUAUUCGCAGUUCACUUUUCUGGAUGCUUUUACUAUAUGAUUGCCGAUCGAUACCCUGACCCAAAAAGAACCUGGAUAGGUGCAGUGAUACCAAACUUCAGGGAAGAUAAUCUGUGGAUCAGAUAUGUAACAGCAAUAUACUGGUCGAUUACAACACUAACGACUACAGGUUAUGGUGACUUGCAUGCUGAAAACACAAGAGAGAUGCUAUUUGAUAUUUUCUACAUGUUCUUCAAUCUGGGUUUGACAGCUUACCUCAUUGGAAACAUGACGAACCUUGUUGUCCAUGGGACCAGUCGCACAAAAACCUUUAGAGACACGUUUCAGGCUGCUUCCCAAUUUGCAUCAAGAAAUAAGCUACCAAGACAUGUAGAAGAACAAAUGUUAUCGCACAUAUGUUUAAAGUUCAAAACAGAGGAACUCAAACAGCAAGAGACUAUUGAAGGUUUGCCAAAGGCUAUUCGCUCGAGCAUAGCUGAGUGUCUGUUCUAUCCCAUUGUUGAAAAAGUAUACCUUUUUCAAGGGGCCUCCUUCAAUCUCAUUUUCCAGUUGGUGACAGAAAUGCAAGCUGACUAUUUUCCACCAAAGGAAGACGUGAUACUGCAGAAUGAAGCUCUAACAGAUCUAUAUAUAAUAGUAUCAGGAGCAGUGGAGAUGAGAGCAUAUGUGGAUGGAGUGGAAAAAGUUCAAGGGAGGCUUAUUGCAGGGGAAGUAUUUGGGGAGAUAGGAGUUCUAUGUCAUGUACCACAACCAUUCACCAUAAGAACCACUGAACUUGCACAAAUCCUCAGGCUGCAAAGUGCUGUAUUUUUCAACAUUAUUCGAGAAAGCAGACAGGAAGCAACUAUUGUCAUGAGAAAUCUUUUCCAGAAGUUAAGGCUACAUGAAAAAUUAUACCCUGGGACACUGCAAAAGGAUCCAGGAGUGCUAAUGAAGGAAUGGCUUGCCACAGGACCUCUGAACACAAAUGGGGAGCAUGCACAAGGUGGAGAUGAUUAUCAAGUUUGGAAGCUACAUACACUAGAACAGAUGGAUGAAGGAAACCUACUAUACAAGGCAGAAAAGAAUAAGGAUAUCAGCACAUUUAAUGAGCUUCCAAUUGGUCACACCAAUCCAAAAGAAAACUAUGCAGAUCAACAGAAUGGGUUCCAUAAGGCUGGAUGGGAAGUACACAACGAAAUCACCAGCAUGUUCCUCGAACGAGAUGCAAGUAUAGGAAAAGUUGAUAGUACCAGGUGGACCCAAAAUGGUAUGAUUGAGAAAUGUGAGAAAAAGGGUACAUCUGAGGUUUUAUCAAGUAAUGGAAGUAAGAAGAAAUUCACUGGAGUACAUGAACAAGGAUCUCUCAGAAUGAAAGCAUGUGAUGGUGGAAACAACUUUAAGAACCAUGGCAGCAGGGAAACGAUAUUCUGGUAUGGUUAUUCUAAUAUCAGCAAUAUGUUGAUAACUUCUUGUUCAGAAAAUGGCAGCCAUGAUUCUGAGAACAAUAUCAUGAAACUAACUAGCAAAAGAGUGAUCAUUCACAUGCAUUCUCAAAAGCAAAAUCCGGCUAGACAGAUGAUUUCCAAGAUGAUAAACUUACCUAGCACUAUGGAGGAGCUCCUCAGGAUUGGUGGUGAAAAGUUUGUGGGACAUCAUCCUACAAAAGUAAUCAACGAAGAGAAUGCAGAAAUUGAUGACAUUAGCAUUAUUCAUGAUGGGGACCAUUUAUAUCUCCUAGAGGUUUAAGAGUAACAACAGGACUGUCAGAGAGGCUAUGUCCUAACCAAGAUUUGAAGGCCAACACAUCAUUCCCUCACAUUUGAAUGUGUAAAUUUGAAUGUUGAUGAUAAACACUAGAUCAUGCCAGUCUACAA